GCGUUAGCAUCACUGUAUAGUGACGUCACUGUGUGUUGCGUCGCUGUGAGCGCGCCGGUGCCGCAGAGUCCCGCGUCCCAUCCCGUCCCGCCGCCGUAUCUCCGACCCUCGCUGAGCGCAGUAUUCCUGUUGCAGAGCCGCAACACGGCGCUGGCGGGCGCGACGGAGGCUCCCACCCCCCCGUCCCGCAGGCCGCGGCCGCACGCGCGCCUCGACGCCACCACCUACCGUCCCCACCUGCGCCCCGGCACCGGCCCGCUGCAGGCACUCGCCGACCAAUCCAGCGACCACUCCGCGCUGCACCGCCGCGCCGACACCUACACCCCGGCCCCGCAACAACUACUCACCGUCCAGGGAGACACCAAGGAUGACCAAGAAGAUUCGUCCGAACAGAAUGACGAACAAGGCGAGUUGGCUGAAGAGAAGGAUGAACAAGUAAAGCAGCAGGCGACAGAGCCCACCCCUAGCCAUGAGAUACAACACCUUCCGCUGAGUCUGAGCGACUCACAGACUGUAGUAACGUCGGAAUAUUAUACGCAACAGCAAGCCCAUCAGAAGGCGUCACAGCAAGCGCCACAGCAAACGCAUCAACUAGCGUUGCAGCAAACCUAUCAGCAACAGUUACAGCAAACCCCUCAGCUAGCGUAUCAACAAAAUCAGCAGCAAGCUUAUGACCAGCAAAGACAGAAGCAGCAAGAACCGCACCCAAGUGUGGAGGUGCAACCGCCCGAGUUGCUCGUGCUGCAGUACUUCCCAUCAGAACCGGAGUACUACCCACAGGCACGCCAGCUUGCGCAGCAAAUGUACUUCCCACAGCAUCAUCAGCAGCUACAGCAUCAACAGCAGCUACAGCAUCCACAGCAGCUACAGCAUCAACAGCAGCUACAGCAUCCACAGCAGCUACAGCAUCAACAGGAGCUACAGCAUCAACAGCAGCUACAGCAGCUACAGCAACAACAACGGCAGCAACAGCAGCAGCAACAGCAGCAUUCGCAGCAACCCGGUCCCUUUCAGUAUCGGCUAGUGCCAUUCGACCGAGGGUUCGCGUACUGA